UGUCAGCUGUCAGUUGUCACUUUUACAAUUUGUUAGCUUCUGUAUUAUUUUUAUAAACAAAAAUUCCGUAAAAAUAAUUUCUCAACAAAAGAAAUCAAAAAUAAUCAACAAUGGAUUAUAAUAUUCAUAAAAUCUGUCGUGUUUGCCUGGAGGAAGGAGCACUCACUUCGAUCUACAGUACUGAAUUUGCAAUGAUGCCCAUGACUAUGAUGAUGAUGUGUGCUAAAAUCAGGGUCUAUAAAACAGACGGACUUCCAGCUGUGAUCUGCAACAAUUGUAUUUAUCGUUUGGGUGUCGCAUACCAUUUCAAACAGGAAUGUGAAAAUUCUGAUAUACGUUUGAGGCAAUAUCUGGGAAUCCUUGAAAGAGGAUAUGGUCUGUGUGAUGCGGAAACUAUGACGGACCCUCUUCCUCAAAGGGAACCCAAAAAACUAUUCCUCGAUGACUACAAAGACGACGAUGUGGACGAGGAUGAAAAAGAUGAAGCUAAGCACCGUAAAAGUAAACGAAAACCUCGUUAUCAACGUAAAGCCCCAGAAGACCACAAAAAACGAGGCCCCAAGCCAUUGGAAAAAAUGCCCCAAACCUGUUACGAUUGCAAUAAGACUUUCAAAUGUGCCGCUCAGCUCCAAAUGCACAUUCGAACACAUACCGGAGAGAAACCAUAUGUCUGCAGUUAUUGUCCUCGUCGAUUUGCACAGAAAUAUAAUCUUCAGAUUCAUCUAAGAACUCACACCGGAGAGCGUCCUUUUCAAUGUGAAAUUUGUAGCAAACAAUUCGCUGCGUUAGGAAACUUCCAAGCUCACCAAAAAAUCCACACUGGAGUGCGAGAUCAAAUCUGUCCGGUGUGUCACAAGGCAUUCUUAAGCUCGGGCGACCUGUCGAAACAUAUGGUAACGCAUGCGGGUAUAAGAAAUCACCACUGUGAUAUUUGUGGGAAGAGCUUCAGUCGCAAUCGAGAUAUGGUUGCGCAUAAAAAGAAAAUCCACCUAAACGAAAUGAAUAGUGAGAAUUUCAAAUGCCCCGAAUGUCAUAAGGUAUUUGCGACGUCGAGUAGUCUGAGUGUGCAUUUUCGUAGUCAUGGAGGUGUAGCGAGUUCGCUUCCUUUAGUCCAUCAACCUCCGAUUGUUCCGACAGCUAUAGGUGGCAGUAUGUGUCCACCACCAGCUCCUCCGCCAAGUUUGGGUGGCAUCGCAAUGGGAAUGCCACCACCUCCUCCGCCUCCUGGAAGCUUAGGGAUGCUUGGGCAUACUCAAGGGACUUUAUCAUUGAUGCAUUCACAGCGAUUGCAUCCUUAUUGAUAACAUGUUAAGAACUAAGUAAACUUUAUUUUUAAGUAUUUACAUCUGCAAUAGACAAGCCAAAAAAUAAAAUUUAAUAUCUACAAUAUAACAUUUAGAUAAACAUGAAAGACAA